AUGCUGAGACUCAUCAGUGCCACGCCCUCGCCCUACGCUCGCAAAGUGAGGAUCGCUCUCACGGAGAAGAGAAUCCCAUUCGAGCUCCUCACGGAAGUGCCAUGGGACAGUACCACACAGACCCCUCAAUACAACCCCCUCGAGAAGCUACCGGUCUUGAUCCUUGACAACGGCAAAUCCGUAUACGAAAGCCACUAUAUUUUGGAGUUCAUCGAAGCAAAGUAUACCGAUGUAAUGCAGCUGCUGCCAAGAAAUGAUGUAGAUGGCGCGCUCUUUGCCAAACAGGUCGAAGUCGUGGCCGAUGGUAUUUGCGAUGCGCUGGUGCUCUUGUUCUUUGAACAACAAAGGGAAGACGGCAAGCGGAGCGAGGAGUGGAUGGCACGGCAGCGAAGGAAGGUAGAUGGCGGACUGAAGGCGCUUGCAGCUUGGAUUGGCGACAAGAAAUUCUUCGUCAACGACACCUUUGGACUGGCAGAUAUUGCAGCGGGAUCGGUCCUUGGCUACUUGAAAGUCAGGUUUCCUGAGCAUUCAUGGAGGGAGACCUACCCUCAUUUAGCGAGAUACAGCGAGGACCUGGAGGAAAGGCAGAGCUUCAAGGAUACGGUUCCCAGGCCGCAGACGAUUAGUGACAAAAUCGUCUAG